CUGUACUGUUGAUCUGCAUUCUGCAAGCCUCUCACAAAUGCAAAUCUACGAUCGACAUGCUGAAACUGCAUUUCACUGCCUUCUAAUUGGGCGGGACGAUACGGAAAAACAUGGCUCUUAGUGGGGGAGUCUACUGGAUGUCUGUUAAUGUGUUGGUUGGUAUGGAUAUCUAGCAAAGGUGUUCUGGGGACUGCGUGGAGGUUUGGCGGUUUGGCGGUCGCCUUUUGCUUCAAGACACCACUCUUCCACUGUUCCAGAGUUUCACAGGCAUCUUUGGUGUCACGAGCCGUCUGCAGCCGAAUAUGCUUGUUUUUCGGUUGCCCACGAGCCAGAUCUGGCUUUCGACGAGCUGUUCUCCUGGCUAACUUUAGAAAGUCAGGAAUGUUGCGAUCUCCACUUGUAGGAGAGCUCCCGUAAUC